AUGCAAGUGCCGGUUGUCGGCUGCACUUUCCUUACGCUGUCAGAUCGUGAGGAAAGUACUGCCGAGAACCGGCAGUUGUCAGAGCGGGGAUCGGCACCGAUCAUCAGGGCACUGAUGAUCAGUGCCCUGAUGAUCGGUGCCCAGCAGUGCCACCCGCAAGUUCCGCCCAUCUGUGCCCUGCACUCCGCCCACCUGUGCCCAGCAGAUCACCCACCUGUGCCCAGCAAUGCACCCACCUGUGCCACUCUGCAGUGUCACACACCUGUGCCCAGAAGUGCCACCUACCUGUGCCCAGCAGUGCCACCCACCUGUGCCCACCAGUGCCACCCACCUGUGCCC